UGAUGAGGAGUCUGUUACCCCCCUCCCUUACGUCAGUGAUAGCUCACCGGGACCCCCCUUUGCCAGCACUGCCUCAGCCUAUAUAAGUUGCGGACGAGCGAAGCCCUCCACCAGAAACAAGACCUAAAUACCAGGGCAAGAACGGAUCUAGCAGCGGCUGUUUGACUCUCAUUGUCGUCGGGGGAAAGCGGCAUUAAACCAGCGUUUCGCCAGCGGAACCGGGACUCGCGGCGGGACGGGAAAGCGACAUUUUCACGAAAAAGAGAGAAUAGUUGGAGGAUGUUAGCGCCGACGAAAUAACAACUAUUCGCACAAUCCAACGGACCGAAACUUUCUACUCUUCAUCGCCAAUACGGGAAAAGGAGAAUAGCGAGGCGUUCUGCGUCCAGACAGGCUUUGAAAAGAUCGGAAGCCGGCUCUUUGAUUUACCGGCUGCUCAGGCUGAGAUGUACCGGUCCACGAAAGGAGCGUCCAAGGCUCGCAGGGACCAGAUCAAUGCGGAGAUCCGGAACCUGAAGGAGCUCCUGCCGAUAUCCGAUGCGGAUAAGGCUCGACUCUCAUACCUUCACAUUAUGUCGCUGGCUUGCAUGUACACAAGAAAGUCCGUCUUCUUCUCCGAAGAAGCAGCCGCGGCUGGCGGCUAUGAAGAGACCGCAAGCUUCAUGUCAUUUGAGGAGCUGUCGGAGCUGGUCCACGGACUGCCGGGCUUUUUGUUGCUGUUAACAAGCGAAGGAAAACUCCUCUAUCUUUCCGACAGCGUCGCCGAGCACCUCGGACACUCCAUGGUGGAUCUGGUUGCUCAAGGUGACAACGUGUACGACAUCAUUGACCCGAGCGACCACUUUGUCAUGAGAAGCAAUCUCGUGCCUACAACUGCACCCGACACAGACCGCCUGUUCCGCUGCCGGUUCAACACCUCCAAGUCGGUCCGUCGGCAGAGUGCCGGCACCAAACUGGCGCUAAUUAGGGCGCGCUGCCUGUCACCCCCAAGCCCCGCCUCCUCAUACUGGACGUCCAAUCCGGUUUGGAUGUGCUUCUGUUCGCCUCUGGAGGCGCAGCCACUGCAGCCGUGUCCCUCCCGAAGCCCCACCCUAACCCCCCCAGCUGACCACGCCUUCUUCCUGGCCUGCUUCCACUCCCAGCAUGGCCGGGACAUGAGGCUACAGGAUGCGCAGGACAGCAUUAACGUUUACCUGGGCUACGACGUCGAGACCCUGCGCACGCGCUCCUGGUACAGCCUACUGAACCCGGAGGACCUGUCGCAUGCUUCUGCCCAACACUGCCGCCUGCUCAGCGAAGGCGGAGAAGGACGGGUGGAGAUGGUGGUGCGGAUGGAGGCCGCGGACCACACAUGGGUGUGGCUGUACAUGGUCCUCACUCUGGAGAGCGGCGAGAGCCCGAUUAGCUGCCAUAACUACGUCAUCAGUGAGUCGGAGGCAUGGUCUGUGCGUCAGCAGUUGUGCACGGAGCAGAACCAGCUGGCCCUGGUGCUGAGCGCUAGCGCCUCCUACCAGCACAGCCUGGGACUGCAGUCCCCAGACACGCUGUCCAGCCCGGACCAAGUCUUCACGCCAAGCAGCAGCGGCCUUUCCGCCCAGUCCUUCGACUUCAGCUCCGGCGCCGAGCAAGCCCCCGGAGGAGGGGCGGAGCUUGCACAGCCCGAAGGCGGACACCCGCGUUCUAGCCUCUCCUCAUUGGAGGAGGAGAGCUUCCCCCAGCAAAGUCAACCUCCCUCACAGCAGCAGCAGCCGCCGCGUCCUGGUGACGCCGCCACGCCCCCUCCGCCUGCCUCCUCCCCAGCUCAGGGGGGCCCCAUGCCUGACUUCAACUUCCUGGCCCAGAGCAUUUUUCUCUCCCCAUCCCUCCAGACAGGACCGCGUCUCCCAGUGACACCCCUAUCCCCACCCGCUCAGUCGGCAUCCCACCCCCACCAAGGAAAGGAGUCCGUCUGCACGCCCCCUUACACCCCACAGCUGGGGGCUGGAAGCUUUGUUUUUGGCGACCAGCUUUUUGCCAUGGACACCAACAUCGGGGAAACUUCCACGGUCGCUCCCCCCGUCGUCAUGCCGACACCGUUGACUACCCCUCAUUCUCUCUCCAUCUCAGCGGUCACCACAGACCUGCUUUUUCCCAAGGAGACCUGCAGUGGGGCAUUCUACGAGAAGCUACCCCCCACCCCAGACACUCCCGGAGAUGGUGACUGCACCAUUAUGACCCUUCCCGAGGUCAGGGGGCCUCUUUUCGUUGACGUCCCCAGUCGGACAUUCCCUUACCCACACGAAGGUCUUCUAACUCCAGAAGCCUCCCCAGGAGAGCAGACAUGCCAGCCACUCUUCUCCCUAGAUGGUCAGCAGGACAAGGAGAGAAUAGAGAUUUCACUGCUGGCCCAGCACAUCAGCUCUCUGGCUGAAAGAUUCUACCCCGAAGGCAUCUUUCACAAGCUCAUGACCUCCUCCCCAAUGUCUCCUAGACCUCCCACCCCAGCCCAGGAUAUCAUCCCUCCAUUGUUUGAACUCUACCCUGUCAAAUGCUGGAGGAGUCCAGAACUUUCUCUCAGCCCCGAUGACAUCGCUCUUAUUGAGGAGUGCAUCAUAGAGGCUCUCCUCCAGGACCUCUCCUCCUCAUCCUCGUCCCCCUCCCCCUGCCAUUCCUCACCACCGCCCUCUCCACCAAUGCCAGAGUGCUGGUGCCCACCCCCUCAGUUCGGGGGGGCGUCUCUGGUCGGCCUUGGCCACAUCUGUAGCGUCCAAUCGGCGCACUGUAAUUUGGCAGCUGGGGGCGGAGCAACGGCGGGCACUGAUGCAGAGGCCGCCAAUGGCGAGGGAGAAAUCCAGGAAGGAGCUAUGGAGGUAGAUGCUUCUCCUUCACCACCUUGUUACUCCUCUGCCACCUCCUCAGUGUCAGCAUCCCCGCUGAUUGCCCCUGCUGUGCCCGUCGCCUCCCCCAGCCUGCUCUGCGCCCAGCCCCUCCCAGAGGAGUUGGCCGCCGUGGAACCCGUGUUUGGGGCGGGAGCCUCAAUUGCCCCUGCCCUGGGGCAACAACCUGAGUUGUAUCAACUCCACUGUCGCUCUCCACCACGGGACUUCCAAGCAGAUGGAAGUGAUCCUCCGUUCUAAAAUAAGUCUGUGACUUACUUCAUUAAGUAUGGCAUAUUGUUAUAUUUUGUGGAGCUACUUUUCCUGAAAAGUGAACAAUAUCGAAUGUAUAGAUAUAUACAAAAUUGUACAUAUAGCCAAACGUCACUUCUGUAUAUGCAUUUACAAUGCUAUCAGAAAUUGUCUCUUAACUUUACUCAUUAUCUAAUAUCGCUAUUAGAAUAGGGGUGUGACGUAACGCUUGUACGAACCUGAACAGAGUUUGGGUCUAAUCGUCACACUGUUCUAUUGCACUAGCUUUUGUUUAAUCAGUAACCUUGUAAAGGAUUUUUUUUUUACUAAUGGAUUACUUAUACUAUCUGUAUUCACUUGUAGUGAGUAUUCCCUGUUGUAAAGGUAUGGGGAAAACAAUCGUAACACAGACAUUUCUUUGUUAAAGCUUCUCCUUGCUAUUUAAAGAAGAAAGCAGUUGCCAGUUUAUGACUCUGUACUUUUUCCAGUGGCGCGGCGCAAACUGAAAACACUAAAGAUGCAAUAGUGGCCAGAUCUCUGCGGCUAUUUUCCACAGCGGCAUGAGGCGGCACCGGACAAUCAAACAAAGCUAAAAUUUUCGAGAUCUGAAGAUCCGUAGAGUUCGUUACAUUCUAAUAUUACGGAAACAUUAUCUGAGACAUAUCACGUGGCUAUAACUUUUAUAACAUGUACAAUUUGCAGUUAUGGUCACUUUUCAACUGCUGGUGAUUUUGUGUUUUGAGUUUGUGGCUGCAAGGACUUCUAAAAUCCUUUAUGGAAAUCCAUCGACGGGUUUUUACGGUGUUAACUUGUUGACGAACUUUCUGUCAUGUGAUAUCACUAUUUCUCUGGUCAUGCCCAUCUCCAAUCACAACAGUGGGACGUCACGGGCUGCAAUGCAUCACGGGCAAAAAUAUUGUAUUAGUGACGUAUGCAGGAUACUGUGAUGCCGGUAUUUACAAAUGCACGUCAAUUGUUUACUUCUUUAUUUUUUUCCGAGUUCACGUUGCCUGUUUAUGAACUCCGCCUUGCCCUGUCGUAACGGUGACCUGCUUUGUGUGUGCAAAAGUGGCAAAGUGACUCCACCUCAUAGGUGUGACGACGCUGACCAUGUCUGGUUGCGUCACGGGUUACCGGUUGCGGGUGUGACACCCUGCCUGAGGGGUGUCGCUCAGACAGCACAGGUGUCUGUCGGACCACUGUUUCUUCUUUUUUGGAGAUGGGAUGAAUUUACUAGAUGCUUGGCUUUAGUUCCGCGGUACUUCUCCUGUUCAGUCUUAAGUCACACCGGUUGAGAAUGAUCUCGUUUCUCCUGUUGUGUCGACACGCUAACGUAGAGUUGUCUACGGUAAAGUAAAGGAUUGAUUCCUACGGUCUAGCUACUUAACUGCUACCUUUACGAGAUUAAAAAACAAAAACAUUUAUUUGUAUGACAUUCUAAAUCUGACAGUUUUAGAAAGGAGGUUAUUGAAUGUCUGAACAUAUCUUAUAGGAUAUGGAAAUAAACUGUAUGGUCACUCAAAAAAAUGUGCAACAAAGAAGAUUGUAUGAAUUUGUAUUACGAAUAUAUCUGUGUACAUAAGAUUUUAUUAUAUAAUGAUUAUAUAUGCAUAUGCAUAAGAUAUGUUAUUUCUCAAGAUGGACAUUGUGGAACAGUGUUCUCAGUGUUGUUCAUAAGUGUAUUUGGAUGUCAAUCAAAUGCAUUUAUAUUAAAGUGCACUUAAGACUGACUCACGUCUCCACGU